AUGGAUAAAUCAAAGGAACCUCUCACGGUUGCUGUGAUAGAUCCGGUGGAUAUUACACCCGGUUCAUCCUCUGUGACUAUCACUGACAGCGGGAAUGCUUCCAACACAAAUGCAACCAACCCAUCAGGCUACGCUAGUCGAAGUCUUCCUACCCUGAAUGAGUGUUUGGGUGAACUUAACGUUCUCCCAAACACGUCAAUCUUCUACUCAGGGGCCGGAUACUAUUUAAAGGUAGCGGAGGCCAUAGAGGGUCGUAGCUAUCUGAAGGGGUAUCGAUUAUUGUCAAAAUCGUGGAGGGAUCCGAGUUGGCCCGACGCCUGGCAGUUCCACCCGGAGGUGAUGGAACAAAACAGGUUUUGGAAUGUGUGCUCGCAGGCGCUGGCACUGACCACAAAAGGCACUGCUUAUGUGAUGCUUCCAAAGGGAAAUGGCACAGAGUGGACGAAGGGCAGUACAUGGGAUAGGAUAGAGUGGCCGAACUUUGCCCCUGACGUUAAGGUCAUUCGUAUCGACCCUGAUAAUCCGGAGUGCCAAGAGGUCAUCAAGGAAGGAGACAGUACGGUAGAAUGA